UUCAAGGAAGACGAAUUAACGAUUUUGAUGGCGUUGAAAGUGACACGAUUUCGAGGUGAACAAUACACGAAAAACAAGAUGGACGAGUACGACAAGAAGUUCGCCGAAAUGCAAAAAUAUAUUCCGUUUUUGGAAGCGAUGAUAGAGAGAUUGCAAAACGUUAAGGACAAGUCACGGGAAGUACAGCUGCAGAAAAUGCAAAGCCUUCACGGGAUUCUGUCGAACAGCAAGAGAAAGCUGAAGAUCGAGACGUUGCAGCGAUGCGAAGACGUUCUGCAGAAGUUGCACAACAAAGUAGAGAAGGGAAAUACGCCUGGAUUGCAUUUUCCGCACAAGAAAAACGAGGGGAGCUCGGCGCAAACUUCAACCGCAUCCGGAGAUACGAGCGCUGGGCAAACCAGUAUCGAGGUGAAAUCCCAGCAAGUAGAAGAAUCGAUCGAGGACAAAGAGAUCCACGAGACACCCGCCAGUCCGAGUCCUCCCGUUAGUCCUGACUCCGGUUCCCAAGUAGCGCCAAUAAUAAUCCCUACUGAACGCAGCGUGGAUUUUAUCGAUGACAGUAAACCUGCCAGUCCCGAUCCGAUCGAAACGUUACCGACGAAAGCUCCCAUCAUUAUACCCACAGAACGGACGAGCAAUGAUCUCGGUUUAUCUUCCAGUAGCCAGCGUGCCUCCGGCAAGAGUGCGGACGAUGUUUCGUUUUCCGAGUGGGACAUGCUCGAGGAAAACGAAACUCAGCACGCAAGAAAUAUAAGUUGGCCGCCCGUAGUUACUACUUCUAGCCACGAUGUAAGCGCCACCAUUAAGAUGAUUGGAAACAGCAUGCCCCAGAAGGUGAACGAUGGAAGACCCCAUGCGUCAGUGUCAUUGCAUUCUUCGCGACAUAUACCGACGGUUCCGGUUCCCGCUUUGUGCGGUUCCAGGAGACUGACAUCGAUGCUAGAGAAGAACAGGAUGGUUGGAUUAGAUGUUCAGGUGGAAACGAGGGCAGAGUCACCGGUGAACGUACCGGAUGUCAGGCUUAAGUCCCCAGACCCCGACAUCUUGUUCCCAAAACACAAGAACACGUCCCCGAGGCAGAAAGACGUAAGGCCUGCUUCGAAACCGGCGGCGCCGUUAUUACUUUCUCCGCCUCCAGUUUCAACGGAACCUCCGCUCUCUAUGGAGGACCUGGCGGAGUUGUUGAACGAAGAAAGCGACAACAAGGUAGAAAAGAAGGGUGAUAGAUCCAGGGACGAGACAAAAUUUAAAAAGGAUAAGCAGGAGUUAGCUGUAAGUAGUAAAGAAUCAAAGUUGCCUAAGACUUUCGUGCCGACACACGAGGAUAUCGACAGCGACAGUGAAAGACGCUGGCAGGAGAUAGAUAAGCACAUAGUUAAAUUAACGACUAGGAAGUGUUUGCCGAACGUUCCCGCGACCAUAAAGAUUGAACCUUUAAAAUCAAAUGAAACAAAGGGACCGUUGGUUAGUUUAAUGCACACUGUAGAAAAGUCGAUGGACAAUAGGAAUCGACCGCCUUCUCCUGGCUCUAAAAUUGAGCCACGUUAUGCCGAUAAUUAUGAAAGACAUCCCCGUCAAAUGCGCGACAAUCAUGGCCAUGAUAAAGACAAAGGUAAUGUCCAUAUGCACUGUAGACCUGACGAGGAUAUGUCCAAUCAGAUUCCUAUACUUCAUUCAGGACCACCUAAACCCGAUGACAGAAGUCUUCUAAUGUACCAAAGGCGACAGAGUAGCGUUGGCCCGGAAAUGGUACCGCCUAGAAUAGAAACGGAGUUCAGAAUCGAUGGUCCAGACUACUUCAACAGACAGAUGCCGAAUCAGGGUCACUGGCCUCCCAUGCAUUCUUCUGUUAAUACGAAUGAUUUUUGCAACAAUCAGUGGCCUCCUCCAGCUUCUACCUUCAGCGGUAUACCCAACAGCCCCGCGCAGCCCUAUCAGCACCCUGCUGUGGGCAUGCAUCAGGAGAUGUGGAACCCUCCACAUGUGGUAGGCUCAACCAGAGACUCGAUCCAUGUCGACCCGCAUCAAGUUAACGAAGGACAACAUAGGCCCAAUCUGUUCCCUCCGAAUAUGAACACCGGUAUCAGGCCACUGAUGAGCCCAAAUACUAACCAUAUACCCCGACCCGACGACAUGCCCAAUGUCGAUGUACCCAGCGUAUCAACGAUACCGCCUUUGAUCUCUCCGACAAGAUUUCCGGGUGGUCCGCCGUACAGAAACUUCCAGGGGGAGAACAGAUCAUUCGAACCGUCUUUCGACAGGGGAAUGGUGGAGUACACGCAUCAGAGGCAAUCCUGGGAGCCUCAGAAUAGUCGGCCAAACGAAGUGCCAUAUAGAGCAGAAAAUGAAGGUCCCUGUGGGGUAAAAGGGCCUACGGAUACCUCAGGGCCAUAUUCACGGCCAAGUACACCUAGCCCUUGGAGUCGGGACAGAGAUCGUGGCGGAAGCAGAGGUCGUAGUAGUUAUUACAAUGAAAGAGGCAGAGGAGAACCCAGGAAUACUUUCAAGUGGUCCAGAGACAAUCACAAUGAAUGGGGUGACAAUUGUAAUCGUUUUCCCAGGGAUAGUAGGAAUAUAUCUGAACGUGAUCCUAGGGUAAGACUGGAACACAGUACGAUCAAUCAAAGUUCGAGUCAACCGAGACCGGAUAACUGCACUUCCGUCAGGGAUCCUCGUUUGGCCAAAGAAAAGCAUUUUCCCCCUAAAAACAAAGACAUCAGUUUUAACGAAAGGGAUCCGAGGAAACGGUCUACGGGGCCACCGUUUUCGGCGACGUUCCGAAAAUCCAAGGAUAAGACUAAAUCUCUUAAACUGUCUGACAGUCACCGACGUCAAGACUCGGAGAGCAGCACGAAGACACACGAGAAAACGAUCAAGGACAAGGUCCAGUCACCACUGGAAAGUCUUUACGGAGUCAUCGACACAAAAGCAAAGUCUGCGCAAGGUUACUGUCUGCAGAACUUCAAGAUUCCGAAAAUCAAGCGUAACGAGUCAUCGGAGUCACCCACGUCAAGCCAUACCCCUGAUGAGGCGAAGGCAGCUGAGUGUCCUCCGGUCGAGAAACAAGAAGAGAACGUUAAAGGAGAAAGGGAGAAAGACGACACUAUUGCCGAAGUGAGCAGCAGCAGUGAUGGAAACGUACAAGUGGAGAAUUGGAACGAAGGUGGUAGCGGGGAUGGUGGUGGUGGUGGUGGUGGUGGUGGUGUAGUGUCUGAGAAAAAAGAGGAUUCAAAGGAAGAAAACCUCGUUGUCGAAUCUGUAAAGGAGAAGAACGAACUGAACCGAAGUGAGCUUGAUUCCAUCAGCACCACGUCUUCUAAACAGAUCGGAAAUAUCGAAAAACUUAAGAAGGAUGAUGUAGAUCCGGAAGGGUCGAAGCCUAAGGAAGAGGUGACGCAAGAAUGGAUCGAAGCUCUGAUCAGAAAGUCCUUUGAGUUCGGGGAGGGAAAGAAGUUUGUCGAGCAAGCGAAGUUCAUGCAAAAGCUAGGGGAGGUAUUGCAGGCGAAAAAACUGAAAAAGAUUAAAAAAAUCAUCGAAUCCGAUUCGGAGAGCAGUAGCUCGGACAAGGAAGAUACUCCGGAGACUAAGAAGAUUCACGUGAGAAAGAAACGGCGAGUGAUUGUGUCGGAUAGUUCGGAUGAAGAGUCUCUAGCUGAAAGGCUAGGUGUCUUGAGAACAUCUAAUGCAGAAUCGAUUGAAAAUCCUUCUGAGGAGAAUCUUGAGUCUAGUACAAGCACAGACAUUAAAGAAUCAUCAGAGAAGUCAGAUGGUUUGGAACCGAAAGAACUUGGAAGCGAAACGAAACAAGAUGAUAUAUCGACAGAGGCAGAGGAUUUUUCGGAAAGUAAAACGAAGAAUGAGAAUCCUGAAGUUUCGAGCGUAGAAAUGUCGGAACCGGAAGCGGGCACUAAAGAAGAAUCCAAAAACGAGGAACCAAUCGAUGAGAACGGAAGUAAGACGCCCAAAGCAAAAGCAAAGAGGAGAAACUCCCUUGAGAUGCUUCAGGAAGACAUCAGGGAGAUGUUUAUCAGCGACGACGUUGUUGCAGCCACUGGACAUCGAUUAUGUCGCGUACAAAAGGAGACUCAACAAGUUAGCGUAGCUACUUCUGUUCAGACUACCGUGACUGCCAAAAAAGACGAGCUAGCCAAGGAGGCGACUUCCGAUAGUGAAGAGCCUUUGGUGCCUUCCUCGAAGUCCAAGAAGAUCGUCAAGCCUCGACUCGCCGAGGACAGUAAGAUACGGGGCAGGUCUAAAAGGGAAGCGCAACGAGUAACUCGUCAACGUUCCAAGCAGUACAAUCAUAGCUCAGACAGCGAGGAGGACCAACCGUUGGCCCUACGAACAGAACUUACUCAAAGCUCUAGCACGUUGUCCAAUCAAGACGAGGAACCCGAUGCGUUGCGACGAAGCAAACGUAUAAAUAACAAAGAAACUAUUAAGGAACCACGUGUUGUUGUUGAAAAGACGGACAUUUCCAAGUUGGACAGUGCGAAAGUGAUGUUCGACAGUUCUUCCGAUGAAAGUUUCGGCAUUGAUGUAUCCGAACUGGCGGCGGCGGUGGACAUCUCACUACACCCAGACAAGACAACCGAACCGGCGGAAGCAGCAGAGAAGAAAAAGCCUGCACAGAGCUCGUCGAAAAGAAUCGCAAAGAAAAAGAUCAAUCCCGAGAUAGUGAGUGAGAACAAAGACGACGUCCUGUCCGACGAAGAAAGUAUUAUUUCGGAUGUCUCCGUGCCUAGUAUCGUCGCUUCGGGUAAGAAAAUAAAUCAUAGUUCAGCGAAAAUUGAUGGCAACACCAACGAGGAACUGUUGAGUAACAUUCUGGUUGGGUUAGUACCUUCCAAGAGUGAUUCUGGUAAAGAGGCUAGUAUGCCGGACAAGGGAAGCGAUGCGGAUAUUGAUGAAGAUGCGAACGAUCCAUUACUACCUACUGAACAUCGUACUAGGAAGUCGUCGGUGAAGAAGAAGAAAAAGAAAUUCAGUUGGCAGAUGGGAAUUCUGUCUAAAAAGAAAAAGAAGAAGUCGGCGGCGGCGGCAGCAGCAGCAGCAGCAGCAGCAGCAGCAGCAGCAGCUGAUACAUCGUGUUCAUCGAAAGACACAGAUCCUAAUGUUAGUUCUGAAAUAGAGACGUCCAAAAACAUGGUCGAUUCUUUGCUGACAGACGAUAAAACAGGCGACGAGAGUAACGCAUUGAAUGAUACUGGUCGACGAAGUGUUCCAGAGAAGCAUGACGACAGCGUUGAAGAGGCAAACACCAGUGAAGCAUGUCACACUAUUCCGAAUAAUUCAAAAGCCGACGAUUCUUUAGUUUCAUGCGAUACGAAAAAUGACAAUGAUAUUGCCGCGACUUCUGUUAUGAAAGCUCCGCCGGCGGCUAAAGAGAACAGUACCGAACUCGUCGGCAACGAGGAGUCGCCGAAGGAUACAAGUAAAAAUAAGACACAAGUAGACAAAGCCUUCUAUGAUUUGGAUAUAAACAAAUUAAUUGAUUACGCAUGGACGGGACAAGAGAGGUACAAGUGUUUGCUUUGUUUCUUCACUGGUAAAAACAUUGUUCAUCAUUACAAACUCAGUCACCCUGGGAAGGAGAUUCUUAUUUCAAGAUUAAAGGUUGCGGAUGCUCAGGUGGCAAUACAGGACGCAAAGGACGAUGAUGUGGAAAACAUGUCGUUGAAACCGCUUGCAGAAGAAGCUGUCAAGUUCAAUUGCAGGUUUUGUUCCUUUUGUACAGAAGGCGCUGCAAAGGUGGCGUUGGAGGCGUUUUAUGAACAUUGCACCACUCACACCGGAGAGUACCGAUUUAGAUGCAACAGCUGUCCCUAUCAGGCUGUAGCCAAGUCCUCAAUGAGAACACAUUACUAUAAAGUGUGUAGGAAGUUUAAGGAUACAUUUACCGAAGCCACGGCCGAAGACGAAGUACCCGACGAGAAUCGCGUUUAUGGCUAUUUAUGUUCAAAUUGUAAUUAUAUUCAGCUGAAGAAGGCCAACCUAGAGGAGCAUAUUCAGUUAUGGCACAAAGAUAAUUCCGAGGCUAAUAUCAUAAAAGUAAAUAUGUCACGUGGCUCUAUUAAGAUAGAACCUGUUGAGGUCAUGGUUAGUAGAAGGGUGAAAACAGAAGUCUCUCAGUCAAGUUCAGAAGUCCUUGAACGAUCACGGAAUGAUACUGUAACGUCUGAUGAACAUGACGAUGUUAGUAUAACCGUGGUAGAAUCAGGUAAUAAGAGUGACUCUUGUGACGGCGAAGAUAAGCAAGUAAAAGAUGUGGCGGAGAAGGAGCCGCAAAACGAAAAAGACCAGUCUUCAGAGGUACUUCUUGAGAACAGCGAGGAGGAGACAAAGAAGAAGAAGAAGAAAAAGAAGAAAUUACCUACUUCGGAGGCAGAUUCCAGUCUACCAACAGGAAAUUUAAGCGUGUUUGUUUGUCCACCAGAAUUGGAGAAGAAAGAAGUAGAGAUACAAUUGGAAAGGAAAAGAAAAAUGCAGGAGAUCAUUCAAAACAUUGGUAUUAAACUGCAAAAGGAUUCAUCCAAGAAGGGUCUUUCUAUCAUAGAUAAACUGAAAGAUAAGAUGAAGACUUUGAUAGUAGCUAGCAAUGAGCAAGACUCCAAUGUGAUUGCUGAUCCUCUCGGUAACGUUAUUACUCCUUCGACAACGAUACCAACUUCUAUGCUUGGAAUAGAAGAAACGGAAAGAAAUUUGUCUUCCUUUGAAGAUGCCUCAAAUGGAAAGCUGUCUGACAAUUCUGUUUUAAAACCAGAGACACUAAAUGCAGAGAGUAAUUCGCAACCUGCAUCUGAGGUGGAUCAAACUGAUGUAAAGGUCAGAGACCCGUUGACAACAUUGGAACAAAAGAAAAACGAUGAGACUGAUGCAGAGACCAGCGAUACCGAAAAUGUAAGAGAUUCUGCUCCUAUUUACGAGUCUGAUUCCAGUAGUGAACAAUCAGACACGGAACCACCGACCGAUGUAAACAUGAUCUUAAAAGAGACUUCGAAUAUUAAUGCCUCUUCUAAGGAUCCAAUGCUGACAACUAUUCAAAGGCUUGCCGCUCAGCUCCAAGCUACAAAGCCAAUCGAAGCAUGCAACGACGAGAAUUCCUCUAAACCUGUAGAAGCUACCGAGAAAGAGUUUCCAUGCAGUUUCAUUCCAAAACCACCUGAAGUGGUACCUAUAGCUAGUAUCAAGAGAUUUAUUGGAAAAUUGAAAAACAGUUUACAUGAAAUAUCAUCAGAAAUGAGCGAUAAUGUCAGUCAACCUAAGAACUUCAUCAGGCCAAGACGCUUGAGUGGUGAUAUGCUGUCGGCAUCAACUUCGGAUGUUUUGGAAGAUGUAGUCUCAGCGAAACCUAAUACACUUACUACACCGGAUAAGAUGGACAGUUUAUUAAAGGCGGAUGGAGAAGAAGAGUGUUCAUUUUUAAAAAUUGAAAAUGUAGUCAGCCUUGCACCAAGUGUCGACAGCGAUGGUACUGAAAGUCCGAUUAUCACUGACAUCAGAAAAGCAGUCGAAACUUCUCCCGUAAAAAGUAAGGGUGUGUCUGUACUGAAGAAAUCUAACGCACCCCUCAUUUUAAAGAGAUUUAAUACUGCAACGAUAGCACAACCAUUAACAAAGAAUAUUCAAACAAUGCAAUCCGCUACUUCAUCGGAUACCGUGAAAUUGAUUUCAGUAAAAAGUCUGUCACCGUCACCAGUGUCUGUAACCACCACGCAGCUAACAACAAGUUUUAUUCCGAUCGCUCCAAAGUCGAAAAUUAUACAGGUUGACAAUAAUACAUUAUCGUUCCCGCUUUCUGUAAAUAAAAGUACAGUAGUGACACCAGUAACUACACGUACUGUGACUGUUGCGGGAUCACCGCAGUCGUCGAAUGUGAAUUACAAAAUCGUGAAAGUGGUUCGAACGCCCACUGUUCUGAAACCCAGAGACCCUGUCUCGCCAUCCGCUGCGAUCAAAUUAAAAUCCGUUGAUGCUUACAACGCAAUGUUGACAACAGUGAAACUGACUCACUUGUACAAAUGUAUGGGACGCGAUUGUCACUUUACGACUGAUUUGGUAGAGCAGUAUCAGCAACAUUACUCGCAGCAUGCAGAGGAGAAUGAAAAGAAAAGGCCACCAUACGAUUAUCAAAAAUGUGCUUACUGUUACAUGGCAUUGGAGGAUUGGAAUCAGAUGAAAACGCACAUAGAAGAGAAACAUGCACACUGUCGUUACCAGUGCAGUUACUGCUUUUACAGAGCCGUUGUGCCUACUUAUGUACGGAUUCAUCAGGCAACUGCUCAUCCUGGCCUGAAAGGGAUUUUAAUUGGUAAAUUGGUGAAGGAAGUGCCAUUAACAGAGGAAGUGAAUAGAAAUGAUUAUAUACAUCCUUAUGUAUGCCAGCAUGAUUGCGGUAAAUUCUUCUACGUACCUGAGGCAUUUUCGGGACACUUGAAAAACAAACAUGACCCAUGUUUACUACUGUCCAAUUGGAAGUGUCAUGUGUGUCGUGUUACGUGUACAAAAAUAGAACAACUGCUAAUGCACUAUAAGGUCCAUGGGUUUUACAAGUAUCAAUGUGUCUAUUGCAUAAGCGGUGCAGAUACUUUCAACGAUGUACACACUCAUUUAAGCAUGUUCCAUUGCAAUCGCUUACCUCAAGUUUUAGAAAGAUCACUUCCUCCUCAGCCGGUGCGGAACAAAGAUGUAAUAGAUCAACUGAUUCUAAACACACAGAAGAUCACCGAAGAGAUAAUCGAGUUAGGUGGUAAUGGAAAAAACAAUAAAGACUCGGUUAUAAUAGACAUAGCAAACGCAUUUCCUAGUCAUAAGAGAUCUUACUCUCAGUUGCCCAAGGAGAUCAAUAUGCUGGACAAGAAUGAAAACCAAGCGCUAAAUAAGUCGUUGUCAACUUUGUUUGGACCUAACAGCAAUCCUAGUAGCACUUUCUCUCAGCAAGAGAAAACGUCGAUGAACAGUAGCUGCGACGAGAGCACACGAAUGAAAUCGUUUGAAAGCAUAAAACAUGCUUCUCCUGAUAUAAGUUUAUUGGAUACUACACCUCAAAUGACAAACAUCUUUUCUAGUAAGAAUACUAUAAAGGAUCUUCUAUCGGUAAACAUCGACUGCAGCGAUGAAUUUAUAAAUAUUAAUUUACUCGAUAAUCCUGAUUUUUUGAAAAAUGUUAGCAAUCAUUCCAGUCACGUAUCUCUUCUCACUAACAGUACUACAAAUGAAAGUAAAGCGGAUGAUAGUGAUAUUGAAAUUUUGGAUAUCGUUGAUGCACAGACCGCUUUAUCAAAAGAUGAUAAAAGUACAUCCGAUCUGAAUAAAAAGGAGACCCCUAGCACGACUGAAAAACCGAAAGUAGUAGAUAGUCCCAACCAAGAAACUGAGACGAAGGAGCAGUUGUCAAGUGAUUUGGAAAAUUCAAGCACAUCCACCGAUAUUACGGAUGCUUUGAACUGCACAACGUCAAAAUCAAUCAAUAAACCGUUGACGCUGGAGGAUAUCAAAGACACUGGUUUCACUGGGACAAAGUUAUAUAGGUGUGGCUAUGAAUUCUGCGACUACGGAGCACAGACUGCAGCCAUUUUAAGAACUCACACAAAGGAAUGUCCUCAACGUGGUGAAAAUAAAAACUUGAAUUGUGCCCACUGUAACAAGCGGUUUAUUAAGAUUGGAUUUUUAUUGGAACAUUUGAAGGUACAUGGACUAAAACGCUUUGGUUGUUCUUUGUGCAAAAUGAGAUGCACAGUGGGCUAUCAGGCCGUAGCACAUAUGAAAGCAAAGCAUAAAUACGGUAGUAGUAAAUUGGUGCCAGCUGAUCCAACGAAUCCAUCAGUUGAUGGUUUGUUUAUUGUACAGCCUGUUAAUCAAAGCGGGGAUAGAAAAUGCAAGAAACGUAAAAGCACAAAAUCUGUAGAAAGAGAAAACGACAAAGCGAAUGACAUUGAAAUAUUAUCCUUUAGCCCCGAUGAAAUAGAAUCUUUACCACGUCAGGCUAUAUACAAUCGUGAGGUACGAUGCGCCGUGUGUCCGUUUACAACGAAAGUUCGGACAAAUAUUAUCCGACACUUACUGUUGCACGCAAAAGAUGAAAGUGUACCAGAGAGCGGUCCUGUUAAUCCUGUGCCUUGUUUGGACAAGAAAGAGCGAAUGUUUGAUAAAAUGGUAAAUUUAGCCAGCAGUUCCCAUCAGAAUGGACGAAUGGGGGGAAAACCGAAGGAAACUAGUAAAGAUAUCGAGGAUGAAUUUAUUCCCAAGUUCGUGCCAGAACAUAAAAGAUACGUGUGUGGUGUAGCAGAAUGUAAUUACUUAACGGUUGACGAGGCUAUGUUAAGGUGCCAUUUGAAAGCUUUGCAUUCCGAAGAGCAAUAUUUUCGAUGUCCCCACUGUCCACAACCACCGCCAGGUCAAGAAGGGUUGAAUAUAGCUAUCGAUAAAAUGGCUGUUCAUUUGAAAAUGCACGAUACCAGACUUUAUAAAUGUUCUCACUGCAAUUACCAUCAUUACCACAGGCAUGUCGUGGAGAGACACCUCUCGGACAAACAUCCGGAGAAACGGCCUUUCGUUAAAGUGAUCAGAGAGUUGGAAAACACGGAGAACAAUCAGUCUGCGCAAGAGGAAAUUGAAGAAGAAGUACCCGAUCCGGACGGAAACCACUGGAAGUGCAAUGUUUGCGAUUACAAGUGUGUGUACAAAGCAGAAAUGGGGACUCAUGCUUCAACAGUCCACGACGAGAAGUGUCAAUACAAAUGUACUUCGUGUCCGUUUAAGACGAGCGGAAAAAUCAUGUUUGAACAACACAUUAGUAGCAAACACUUUAAUGAACCGAAUGUUGACUAUAUCAUGGUAUAUCAGAGAAUAAAGGGCGUGAACAAAAAGAGUGGAGAUAACAUUGAACAAAGCGGACAAGAAGAACCAUUUGACACUACACCGCUUUGGAGGAGAGAUAUGCCCAGAAUUAGACACAUACGAGGAAUCCUCUUGGAAGAGGAGGACGGAGCAUCGACAGAGCCUUCGUUGAAAGCAGGGAAAAGAAAGAGCGAUGCGGAACUGCAACCUUCGAAACCAGCCAAAAUAAAACCGGGUAAAUCAAAUUCUCUGGAUGACGCUAAACUGACGAAAGAAAAGUCUAAAAGAUCAGUGUCAUGUGACAAGGUACCGUCAGAAUCAGAACGGUCCAGUGAAGCUACCAACGUGACAGAUAAAACAAUAGAAACAAAGAUUAAAACGGUAGACGACAAUGACUCAAGCGAAUCGGAUGUUGGCAGAUUUGGUCCAUACGGUAAACCCAAUGGUAUUAUGUAUGUCUGUACUUUGUGUACACAAUUUAAAACGAAGUACAAGCACGAUAUGAGGGAUCAUCUUUAUAGAGAACUGAAUUACGCGAGGUGGCAUUGCAAAGAAUGCGGAUAUUUGUCGGUAAAUCGUAAUGCAUUGUUCAAGCACUUCACAAAACACCACAAUGGGGAGCGUCCUAAUCAUGAACCAUUGUCACCAGAUAAUGAUAUUGAAGAGUGGGUUGGCACGUUAUUGGCAAGGCAGACAAUUAUCAUAAAGGGAGUCUUAUCUAAGCAAAACACAGGAAGUGCCAAUACUGGAAAUAAUUCUAAAGUAUCUACUGUUAAGGUUGCACAAAAUUCGCCUACUAAAAGUUCGAAAGGUGCAAAUGUCGUAGAUAAAUCGAAUUCGCAGGACAGUAAAAAACAAAGGCCUGUGGUUCAUACAGAUACGUUAGAUGACAGUAGUAAAGAUAAUGAAGGUCUUAUUAUGGAUGAAAGUCCAGUAAAGAAUGAGAAAAGUGGAAAUGCGACAGACGCUGAUACGGGUGCAGAUGUAGAGGAUCGAGUGAAACCCUUAGUCUGCAAACACUGCAAAAUGACGUUCACACGCUGGCGUGGUUUUAAAUUGCAUGUGCAAUUGACCCACUUGAAACGGCUGGGGUUUGUGUGUUCUUACUGUGACCGUAGUACCAAUUCGGAAACGUUGAUGCGUACGCAUAUACGUUCCAAACACCCCGGUUGCCCGGAGAAGAUUGUUCAAAAUCCAGACGCUGGUGGGCCAGAAUUAACAGAGGAAUUUUGGCGGAAGGAGUACGGAUUGGUUUUUCCAAAACGGUCCAAGAAGCGUAAAAGAAAACUGAGCGAGGAGAACGUGGAAAAUGAGUGUCACGAACAAUCCGAGAACCAAGAGAAGUGCAAUCUGUGUGGCUUCACCGGCGUUAAUGUGGUAGGUCUCAAAGGGCACAUGAGAGUCCAUGCCUCAUCAUUGAAGAAACCGUUGAAAUGCUCCUAUUGUACCUUCAUUCCUGCGAAUAAAGCCGAGCUUUGGAAUCAUUGGGAAAUCCAUCAUCCGUUGAAAGAUGAUGAUGUAGCGGGAUUGGAGUCGUCCAGUGAAUCAGGAAGCAUACACCACUUCGAUAAGAAAACUCAUAUAGAUGAUUAUAGUGAUGACAUAGAGGAGGAGCAGCUUCCCGACGCGAAAGAUGAUGAACAGAUUUACUGCUGCUUCUACUGUUCCUUCCGUAGCAAGUCUUUGGAUACAGUACAGAGUCACUGGACUGCUAUACACAAGGAAUCGAACGAAUCGUCCAAACUGAAGACAAAUUAUCCAUUUAGGUACAACGAAAUGCAUACCUUGGAGAGGUCAACCAUGAAAGCUGAGUGUUCUAAAGCAGAUGCAGGGUCCCCUUAUGGGCUGUAUUUACAGCAGUCGCAUGAUGACAUGCAAAUGGUAGAAGCAUCUGGAACGAAACAGGAAGGUUGGAUCUGUCAGUGGUGCAACGAACUAUGCGACUCAGAGGUGAAAAUAAAGACUCACCACAGCAUGUUCCAUUCUCAUUUGCCAUUAAACUUCAAGAAACAGGAGAAAAAUAAAGCACCUAGAGGAUACGUGUGUCCUGAGUGCUCGUUUACAACCACUUUCAUUAAUGUUAUGAAGAACCACAUCUCGAAGCAUAUAAAUCUGUUCAAGUGUAAAUACUGCGACAAAACCUACAGUUCUCCGACCCAAGUGUCUGCACACAACGCUGAAGACCAUUCUGGAAUGGAAGUAAAGAUAGAGAGUAUAGACAAUUACGAGUUGCUGCUGGAGAAAAUGAUGGCGAAUGUUAAAUGGCAGAAGUCUGGUAACGAUCUUGUCGACACUGACCGAAACGAUAUUGUAAUAAAGCAACCAAAGAAUCAUGCGGUAGCCAAGAAGUCUACAGCAAAGCCUACUGUUCGACCAAAUUUGAUUUCGUACAAGGUGAAAGCGGUCGCAAGGAAAAGUACCAAUCCGUAUUCACGAUACCUUUCGUAUCCUCAGAUCAACGACGAUCAACAGUCAUCGAAAAGCAAACAGUUCUCGUUUUACGGCAUCCCUAGGAGUCCCGUCAAUCUGGCGGCGUUAAGUACAUACAUGGUAGUGGGUGGUCAUCGAAUGAAGGUAAACUGUACCACCCUCUCACAAUUGAUAAACAUUGAUCCGAAGGUAAUAUUAACAGAUCUUAAACAUAAUGCAACAGACGCGGGGACACUUAAAAAGUUGAAAUAA